GAAAAGGGGAAAAAGGGAAAUAUUUUCUUCUUUCACAGCCAUGUUCGACAUAGUUUCUCUCGAUGAAUUCUAGUUGCUUGCAAGAAUAUAUCGAUUUCAAAUCAUCGAAUGCGUGAUGAAAGAGUUGGCCUCAUUCUCAUUUUGGAAUCUCUAGAGCCUAUUUUGUUUGGGAGCUUACAUUAGCUCUGGUUUUUGGCCAUAUAUGAGCAAAUAAACUUCACAAGUGUUCAAUGGAGUACAAUGAUGGGAAACUUUCAGAAGAGCAUCGUGAAUUGUUCAGGUCUGCAACUGAGAGUGUGGAUCCAACAUCUGUUUCUCCAUUAGAGGUCAUCACAUCACCGAGAACACCAAGGACCCCAAGAUCACCUGUCAAACAUGGAUCCAACAAAGGUAGUCCAAUAAAGCAUGAGCGGCACUCGCAUACUGGAAGAGAUGGUCGACCAAAAAAAGGUGGCUCAGGUGGUAAAGGCAUAUGGGGAGGUUUAUUGGAGAUUGAUGAUGAUCAUGUCCUCGAUCGAAAUGAUCCAAACUAUAAUAGCAGUGAGGAAAAUAGCCAACCCAAUGGGAUUAAAAAACAUUCCCCUGCUUUCGAAGAGUUCAGAGCAAAAACCAGACUGAUUAUUGAGGAAUACUUCAUCACUGAUGAUAUUUCCUCGUCUGCCAAUGAACUAAGAGACCUCGGCCUUCCAUGCUAUCACUACUAUUUUGUCAAGAACCUCGUCUCCAUGGCUAUGGAUAGGCACAAUAGAGAGAAGGAAAUGGCAGCUCUCCUCUUAUCCUCUCUCUAUGCCGAUGUUAUUGAAGCACCCCAAGUUUAUCGAGGCUUUGGAAAACUAGUCAAAGCCACUGAUGACUUAGCAGUAGACAUACCUGAUGCUAUAGAUAUCCUCGCUCUCUUCAUUGCUCGAGCUGUUGUUGAUGAUAUUCUCCCUCCUGCCUUCUUGAACAAACAAGUUACCACUCUCCCGAAAGACUCGAAAGGAAUUCAAGUAAUAAAGAGAGCUGAGAAGAACUACUUAUCGGCCCCUCUUCAUGCUGAAGUUAUUGAAAGGAGGUGGGGAGGAAGCAAAAGCAAGACAGUAGAGGAUGCUAAGUCUAAAAUAAACGAUCUUCUUGUUGAGUACAUAGCAAGUGGUGAUAAGGUAGAGGCAUGUAGAUGCAUUAAAGACCUUAAAAUGCCAUUUUUCCAUCAUGAAAUUGUUAAAAGGGCUUUAAUCUUAGCGAUGGAAAGGAGAACAGCAGAGUGUGCUUUGCUAGAUUUAUUAAAGGAGGCCUCUGAAGAGGGAGUGAUAAACUCUAGUCAAGUAUUGAAAGGGUUUGAGCGGCUUAUCGAUACGGUAGAUGACUUAUCACUUGAUAUUCUUAGUGCAAGGGAUAUGCUUCAAUUACUUAUUUCCAAGGCAGCCUCAGAGGGGUGGCUCUGUGCAUCUUUGCUGAAGUCUCUCUCUCCUCGACCAAAUGGGUUUCUCGAAGAAGGCGAUGCAAGGGCCUUCAAGUCAAAGGCAAACUUGAUAAUUCAAGAGUAUUUCUUGUCAGGAGAUGUGGCCGAAGUGGCUGAGAGGCUCGAAUCCGAGAACCUCCUCUCCCCUUGCUUUAAGGUCAUAUUUGUAAAGAGGUUGAUUUCACUGGCAAUGGAUAGAAAGAAUAGAGAAAAGGAGAUGGCCUCAGUAUUAUUAUCUUCGCUAAAUUUUCCUUCAGACGAUGUGGUAAAUGGCUUUGUCAAUCUGAUUGAGGCGGCCGAGGACACCUCAUUGGACAUCCCAAUUGUGGUCGAGGAUUUGGCACUAUUUUUAGCGAGAGCAAUGGUAGACGAGGCCAUAGCUCCGCUAAAUUUAGAGGAGAUUGAGUCACAAGUGAAGCCCAACUCGAUUGGGUCUAAAGUUAUUCGAAUGACUCGAGCCAUGCUUGGGGCGCGGCUCUCAGGUGAGAGAAUAUUAAGGUGUUGGGGUGGAGAUGGUAGUGGAAGCAAUGGUCGAGAUAUAGAAGAAGUCAAGGGGAAAAUUGGGAAACUACUCGAGGAAUAUGAUUCGGGAGGAGGCGUAGGCGAGGCUUGUCGAUGCAUAAGAGAAGUAGGUAUGCCAUUUUUUCACCACGAAGUGGUGAAAAAGUCGUUGGUUAUGGCAAUGGAGAGGAAGAGUGAGAGACCAUUGAGGUUGCUUGAAGAGUGCUUUGCAGUGGGGUUGAUAUCGAGUUAUCAGAUGGCGAAGGGGUUUGCAAGAGUGGCUGAGGGCCUUGAGGAUUUGGCAUUGGAUGUGCCCGAUGUGGGCCAUGAGUUUGCGAGUUGCGUAGAGAGGGCCAAGGCUGCCGGGUGGUUGAACUAGUCAUUUGGGGUCGACCGUGACGACCCCAAUGGGCCUUGUGUCCCAGCAUAGAGAGAGCAGAGCAUGUUGCUGUGCCUAUGCAGCAACAGGCUUUGCUCAUGGGAGUUCAUGACCAAUUUCAUGGAUAUGGUUCUUAUUAGGUCUCUUAUCUUUUGCACUUUUUCUCUUUUUCUCCUCCUUGGGCCUUAGUUCUUUUCUAUUUUUAUUUAUUUAUUUUAACCACGAGGAGAAAACAAUCUCAAGGGUGAUGACACUGAUGAGCAAUGUACUAUUUAUAUCCACUUGGGCCAAAGUUUGGUGCUGUUCUUAUGAUUAAUUGCUCCCUAGAUGUUAAAUGGUGGGAGUCUUUUUGUUGUUUUUGGUGUAUUUUAUUGGGAUUAAUUUCAAUACUCUUGUAUUGAGAGA